ACCAUAUGCGGAAGUGUUCAUCAAUCAUGUCGUCUGCUCUGUGAAACCUCUUUCUUUUGUUCAAACAAACCUGAAGAUUUGAUCAUGGAAGGAACUUCCAAUAGCAAACCUGCUGUUGAGCCAUCUGUUGCUGCUCAAGUUCCUUUCUUUCAUCUGUGUACCACAUUAGAAAAAAUCCAGAAAUCUAAACUGCGUCCAGAUAAAUCCAAACUCCUUGGUGAUUUCAUUGAGUCAUGGAGGAACUUCCAUUCUGCCCUCCACAAAGACAGUCCCAAAACAACAGAUUCUUUCUACCCAGCUAUGCGCCUUAUAGUGCCCUCAUUUGAACGAGAGCGAAUGGCAUAUGGCAUCAAAGAGAGCAUGCUAGCUAAACUCUACAUUGAUGUAUUAGGCCUCCCAAAGAAUGGACCAGAGGCCAACAAACUACUGAAUUACAGAGCUCCGACCACGUCACAAGGAGAAGCUGGAGACUUUGCUGGCAUGGCUUAUUUUGUGCUAAAGAAGCGCUGCACUGCUCAGGGAAACCUCACUAUCAAAGACGUCAAUGACUUUCUGGAUUCAGUGGCUAUGAACCACGCAAGCAAGCAGAAGGAUCUUGUGAAAAAGAGUCUCCUACACCUCAUCACCCAGAGCUCCGCCCUGGAACAAAAAUGGCUCAUCAGGAUGAUUCUGAAGGACAUGAAGCUUGGUAUCAGUAAAGAAACUGUUCUCCAAGUCUUCCACCCAGAUGCUGCUGAGCUCUACAAUGUCAACACAGACUUAAACAAGGUCUGUCAGCAACUCCACAACCAGUCUGUGUCCCUCAGUGAUGUCUCCAUUGGACUCUUCUCAGCCUUCAAACCGAUGUUGGCUGCUGUGGCAAACAUUCAUCAAAUAGAAAAGCAGAUGGGAAACAGCCCGUUCUACAUCGAGACCAAGCUGGAUGGUGAGCGUAUACAACUCCACAAGGACGGGGAUGUGUACAAGUACUUUAGCCGAAAUGCUUUUGAAUACACACAACAGUUUGGAGGCUCACCACUCGAAGGCUCGCUAACACCUUACAUCCACAAUGUUUUUAAACAGAAUAUUGUGAAUUGCAUCCUUGAUGGUGAGAUGAUGGCAUACAACCCAACCACAGAGACCUUUAUGCAGAAAGGAAGCAAAUUCGACAUCAAGAGGCUAAUGGAUGACUCCGAGUUGCAGACGUGCUUCUGCGUGUUUGAUGUGUUGCUAGUAAAUGGCCAGAAGCUUGGUAAGGAAAUGCUAAAGAAUCGGUACGAGAUGUUGAAGACAGUUUUCACCCAAGUAAAAGGAAGGAUUCAUCUGGUACCAAAGACCGAAGCCCGAACCACACAGGAGGUAGUAAAUGCUCUGAAUGAUGCAAUUGACAGCAGAGAGGAGGGGAUCAUGGUAAAGGAUCCUCUGUCUGUCUACAAACCUGACAAGCGGGGGGAGGGAUGGUGUAAAAUAAAGCCAGAAUAUGUGGAUGGUUUGAUGGAUGAGCUUGACCUGCUAAUUGUUGGCGGGUAUUGGGGCAAAGGGAGACGGGGUGGUAUGAUGUCCCAUUUUUUAUGUGCUGUUGCUGAAGCCCCAAAAGCUGGAGAGAAACCCUCUGUCUUCCACACCCUGUGCCGCAUUGGCUCUGGCUACACCAUGAAGGAGCUGUAUGACCUUGGGUUAAAGCUUGCCAAACACUGGAAAGUAUAUCGGAAAAAUGACCCACCGACAUCUAUCCUAUGUGGGACAGAGAAACCAGAGGUCUACAUUGAGCCCUGUAACUCGGUCAUCAUCCAGGUCAAGGCAGCUGAGAUAGUAAGCAGUGACAUGUACAAAACCAACUGCACCCUGCGAUUCCCCAGAAUUGAGAAGAUUCGCGAAGACAAGGAAUGGCACCAUUGUAUGACUCUGGCUGAGCUGGAUCAGUUCCGAGGAAAGGCAUCUGGGAAGCUUGCCUCUCGACACGUUCGCAUUGAUAAUGACGAACCAGAGAAGAAGAAGCGCAAGAUGCCAGCCAAACCUAAGAAAAUUAUCGGGGUCAUUGACCACUUUAAGCAUCAGGAUCUCUCUGGAGUUUCCAAGGAAACUGAUAUGUUUGAUGAUGUGGAGUUCUGUAUACUGAAUGGCACGGAGGAUCACCCCAAAGCUGAGCUGGAAAAGGCCAUGGCCAGGUGUGGGGGUAUUGUGGUGCAGAAUCCUGGCCGUGACACAUACUGUGUGAUUGCCGGCGUGGAGAACAUGCGAGUGAAGAACUUGAUAUCAUCCAACCAGCAUGACGUGGUGUGGGCCUCCUGGCUCCUGGAGUGUCUGGAUCAGAAAGAAGUGGUCCCAUGGCAACCGCGUCACAUGAUCCACAUGUCGCCCCCCACCAAGGAGCACUUUGCCAAAGAAUACGACGGCUAUGGCGACAGCUACUUUGUGGACACAGAUGUGCAGCAGCUGCGGGAGACUUUUGGCCGCAUCUCCCAGGACGCAUCGCCAGCUGUGGAUGUUGGCCAGGUGGAGGAGCGUUACGGCUGGGAGGACCUUCCCACCAGCAUGUUCAGACUCUUCACGGCUUACAUGGACAUCUACGCCGACAUUGGCAACUCCGACACCUUCAUACCGGCGACUUGCCUUGACAUCAGGGCGCUGGAGUUUCGCUAUCAUGGAGGCACGGUGGUGCAGCGGCUGGAGGAAGGUGUCUCCCACGUCGUUAUCUCAGAGGAAACACGACUUCUGGAUUUCAGGACGCUGAGGUACUGCUUUAGGAGGAAGUAUAAGAUUGUGAGAGAGUCAUGGGUGACUGACUCCAUCAAGGCGGGGUACGUGAUGAAUGACAAGGAAUAUUUAGUGUGAAGAUUCCUUUAUUGAUAUAUUUAAGCUUCAUGUUGGCAAAGACGAUUCAUCUUUUAGGUAACAAUUAAUUAACUAACAAUAAAUUUAAGAUUGAAGGCAAAAUACACAUGGAGGUUUGAAACCAAAUUACACUGUAAUUUUCAGGGAUGGAAUUUCUGAGCUGUGCAUAUUUCAUUCCUUAUGUUUUUAAAUUAUUUAGGUUGCUUGCUAACUUUCAAAAUAAGGUCAUUUUUUUUCUUUUAAUUCUCAGUCAAAUUUGGAUUUCUGCUGCUUCAAGUGUGGAAAGAUAUCUGUUUUUCUCCUUCAAACCUUUAGCUGUUUCAACAGCAUUUUAAUGUUAACUUGUUUUAACAUCAUUAAAGUUUUAAACUUUAAAAAUAAAGAUAAUUGUAAGUUUUAAACUUUUUCUGUUAAGAUAUUUUUUGAAUUUACGCACUGGCACACAGACUGAUAAAAGUUUUUGAGCAUUGUGGAUAUUUUCUGAACGUGCACAAGACUUUGAAAGAAAAUGUGAACCAAAGCAAUAUUGACAGGUUUCGGCAUCAUGCAAUCUGCCACUAGAACUGACACUGUUUGUUCUUUGUGUAUUAAAUACUGUUAUUAAAACUAAUGGUGUCAAAAUCCAACUCCUCGUCCAUGUCGUGAAACCUGGCUAACGGGUCAAGUAGGGGAUUGCCUGUUGGGAUGAAAUACGGUGGGGAACUUGUGUGCCCCGUGCCUGUCAUGGUAACCAUAAACACCCAACAGGAACCCUGAACACAAGACUGCUAAUGGAGCUCUGGUGAAACAAGAAGUCUUCAACGGCGGAUCAGGCAGAGAUGGUGAUGUCUUGUAACCCAGCGGCUGUGAAGGCGGAUGAAGGCUGCAGCAUGUUCUCAGACCCUGAUCAUUUGGGAUUUCCCAGCCAUCGGAGCAGGUCAAGGAUC